AUGUACAGUAUCGCGACCAUAGCGCCGUUGGCGCUGAUUGCUGGCGCACUAGCAACGAUCGUUUGGAAAGUCGUUUACAACUCGUUCUUGCACCCACUGGCCAAAUUCCCUGGACCGCGAUUAAACGCGAUCAGUGACCUCCCUGGAAUCUACAUUCUUCUCAAAGGCCGAUUUGGCCUGGAAGUCAAGAAGCUGCACGACAAGUAUGGGGGUGUCGUUCGUGUCUCGCCAAAUGAGCUAUCGUUCAACUCUGUUCAGGCAUGGGAAGAUAUAUAUGGCCAUCGCCCUGGGCAUGCCAACUUCCACAAGGACCCAAUCCACGUCGGAUCAGUUGAAGCUGUUCCAGGUGUUACGACUCUGACAAUGGCGGAUGAUGACAAUCAUGCCCGGCAGAGACGAGCCCUUUCGCACUCAUUCUCACAGAAAGCUUUGGUUGAACAAGAGUACAUCGUCAAACACUAUAUUGAUCAGCUGAUUGUCAACAUGAAACGCAUGGCCGCAGAUAACGAACCUUUUAACCUCGUGAACUGGCUCAAUUUCACGACCUUCGACAUCAUUGGCGAUCUAGCGUUUGGGGAUCCUUUCGGAUGUCUCGACAUGGGUCGAUUCCACGAAUGGGUUGCUCUCAUCUUCGAGACCGUCAAGGCUGGAGCCGUUGAGCAAGCAACUCGCCGUUUCGCUGAAGCCGGAUCUCUCACUCAGACGAUUCUUUUUAAUCUCAUACCUGCACGUGUACGCGGUUAUCGAAGCGAUCAUCUUCGCCGCAGCCGGGAGAAGUGCAUGAAAAGGCUUGAGAAUGGGAACAGUAACCACAAGGACUUUAUCUGGUACAUUCUCAAGCAGCGCGAGAAGCACGACCUAAAGCAAGACGAAAUCAUCGUCAACAGCGCGCUAUUCAUCGUGGCAGGCUCCGAAACCACGGCCAACGCUCUGAGCGGGCUUUUCGCGCGACUCUUCUACAAUCCAGACAAAUACCAGAAACUCUGUGAGGAGAUCCGCGCGUCUCUUAAGACUGAGGAAGAGGUCAACUACGAGAACCUCAGCAAACUGGAAUACCUCAACGCUUGCAUUGAAGAAGGUCUUAGAAUCCACCCACCCGUCCCAACAGGCCUUCUGCGAACAGUAUCGAAAGGAGGCGAUACUAUCGAUGGACACUGGGUUCCAGGAGGCACUUCGGUUGCCGUUGGAGGUUGGGCAGCAAGCCAUUCCCCAGACAACUUCCGUGAUUGCGAUAGCUUCAUACCUGAACGCUGGCUGGAUAAGUCCUUUGAUACUGACUACAAGAAGGCCGCUCAGCCGUUCUCGCUUGGACCGAGAGGGUGUAUUGGUCGUCAUCUUUCUUACAUGGAAAUGCGGCUGAUUCUGGGAAGGCUGUUGUGGAACUUCGACAUUGAGAGUGUUGAUGGGGCCUGGCAGUGGGACCCGGAAGGAGAGAUGAAGCAUAUGAGGGCUUUCACGACUUGGGAGAAGCCGAGUUUGAAUGUCAAGGUCAAAUUGGUGGCAAGAUGA